AUGGCCGACCAAAAUAUCUCCCAGUACAAAUACUCGGCGAUGUCCAACCUGGUUCUCCAGGCGGACCGUCGUUUCAUCUCUCGUGUCAACGAUGAACCCACCGGUGACCCGGAGUCUCUCGCCGGCCGCAUCAGCAUCCGGGAAAUGGGAUCGAGGAUGGCGCGGGACGAUGCGCCGAAGACAAAGAAGAAGGCUGGUUUGACGGACAUCGAGCGAGGGUCCAUCCGCGAAGGCGAGGAUGUCCUCGCCCGCGAACAGAGAAAGACCCAGCGGGGUCAACCGGCGCAAGUACGCGGCCACGGUAUUCUGUCCGCCGCCGAUGCCCUCGUCGAGGGCCUGAAGUACCGCCCUCGCACCCCAGCCACUCGAGCCACCUAUGACCUCAUCCUCACAAUGACCGCCAGCCAUCUGGGCGAUGUACCACAUGAAGUGGUCCGCAGUGCGGCUGAUGCCGUACUGGAGUUGCUGAAGGACGAGGAUAUGAAGGAUUUUGACAAGAAGAAGGAGAUUGAUGAUUUGCUGGGCAGUUCGAUGAACCCCAAGGAAUUUAAUGAGCUUGUCAACCUGGGCAAGAAGAUCACGGAUUACGAUGCCCAGGAUGAUGACGAAGAGAUGGGCGACGGUCUGGCUGGCGAAGGAGAGGCGGAAUUGGAUGAGCGUCAGGGUGUUGCUGUCGUUUUCGACGAGGAGGAUGAGGACGACGAGCGCAUGGGCACCCUGGACGAAGUGCGCGACGACGACGAACUUUCCGAAGACGAAGCCGACCAACAGGAUGUUCCUGGUAUUGAUGACGCCACGACCGAAAAGGCAGACCUUGAAGGAUUAGAGGGCGCUGAAGAGAUGGUCAUCGACGGCGGGUUAGACCGUGGGGACGAACGCGGCAACAAGAAAACCACAGUUCUUGCACGAGAAAUCGAUGCUUACUGGCUUCAACGCCAAAUCGGUAACGCAUAUCCGGAUGCUCACGUACAACAUGAGAAGGCGACCCAAGCGCUCGAGAUUCUCGGAGGUCAAGGAGAGGAUGGCGAGGCGCGACCUCUUCGCGACGUGGAAAAUGACUUGAUGGAUCUAUUCGAUUAUGAGCAGCCCGAGCUUGUCGCCACUUUGGUCACCAACCGUGAUAAGAUUGUAUGGGUCACCCGUUGGCGCCGAGUCGCUGAAGAUGCGGAUGCCCGCCAUCUGGUCGAGAGUGAAAUGGUUGAAGCUGGACACCGCGCUAUUUUGGACGAGAUCCGGGGCAAGACCAGCCGCAACGAAGGCGCCGGUCGUCCCUCUAAAAAGAUCAAGCUAGACUUGAUGGAUGUGGAUGUUCCAAACGCUCCUCAGCAGCCGGAAGAGAAGGAGGAGGAGGGAGGAUUGGUUCGAGGCCUGCAGCCGAAGAGAUUGAUCAACCUGGAGAACCUUGUGUUCCAUCAAGGUAAUCACUUGAUGACCAACCCUAGCGUCAAGCUGCCCCAGGGCUCGACGAAGCGAACAUUCAAGGGAUAUGAAGAAAUUCACGUGCCUCCUCCUCAAGCUAAGAGAGAGCCUGGCGAGAAGAAUCUUCCUACGACCGAGCUGCCCGAGUGGGCUCGCGUUGGCUUUGGGAGUUCGAAGGAACUCAACCGGAUCCAAUCCAAGUGUUUCCCGACCGCUUUUCACGACGAUGGCAACGUGCUUGUCUGUGCCCCCACCGGUUCAGGAAAGACCAAUGUUGCCAUGCUUACUAUCCUCCGCGAGAUUGGCAAGAAUCGGAACCCGCAGACGGGCGAGAUCAUGCUGGACGACUUCAAAAUCAUCUACAUCUCUCCUUUGAAGGCACUUGUACAGGAACAGGUCGGGAACCUCGGCAAACGUCUUGAGCCUUACGGCAUCAAGGUGGCGGAAUUGAGCGGUGAUCGCCAACUUACGAAGCAGCAGAUUGCUGAGACUCAGAUUAUCGUCACCACUCCUGAGAAGUACGAUGUCAUUACUCGAAAGGCCUCGGAGACGAGUUACACCAGACUGGUCCGUCUGAUCGUCAUUGAUGAAAUUCACCUUCUUCACGACGAGCGUGGUCCUGUCAUCGAGAGUAUUGUUAGCAGAACCAUCCGCAAGGUAGAACAGACUGGCGACCCAGUCCGAAUUGUAGGUCUCAGUGCUACGCUCCCCAACUACCGGGAUGUCGCCAGCUUCCUGCGUGUUGAUCCUGCGAAGGGCCUCUUCCACUUCGAUGGCUCCUACAGACCUUGUCCUCUCAAACAGGAGUUCAUUGGCGUUACGGACAAGAAGGCCAUCAAGCAGCUGAAGACCAUGAACGAUAUCUGCUACACCAAAGUCCUUGAGCAAGUCGGACAAAAACGGAACCAGAUGCUCAUUUUCGUCCACUCUCGAAAGGAGACCGCCAAGACGGCCAAGUACAUCAGAGACAAGGCUCUUGAGAUGGAGACCAUCGGCCAGAUUCUGCGCAGUGAUGCUGCAAGCAGAGCUAUCUUGGCCGAAGAAGCUGAGUCGGUUGAUGACGCCUCGCUCAAGGAUUUGUUGCCUUAUGGAUUUGGUAUUCACCAUGCUGGUCUCAGUCUUGCUGAUCGAGACUCCGUCCAGGCGCUUUUCGCUGACGGCAGCAUCCAAGUCCUCGUAUGUACAGCAACUCUUGCCUGGGGUGUCAACUUGCCUGCCCACACAGUUAUCAUCAAGGGCACUCAGAUCUACUCGCCUGAGAAGGGUAGCUGGGUCGAGCUCAGCCCUCAAGAUGUCCUGCAGAUGUUGGGACGUGCUGGACGACCUCAAUACGACACCUUCGGUGAAGGUAUCAUUAUCACAACGCAAACCGAAAUCCAGUAUUACCUCUCCCUUUUGAAUCAGCAAUUGCCAAUCGAGAGUCAGCUCGUCAGUAAGCUUGCUGACAAUAUGAAUGCCGAGAUCGUUCUCGGAAACAUUCGUACUCGUGACGAGGGAGUUGACUGGCUGGGUUAUACUUACUUGUUCGUCCGCAUGCUCCGCUCACCUGGCCUUUACAGCGUGGGUGCAGACUAUGAAAGUGAUGACGCCCUUGAGCAGAAGCGCGUUGAUCUUGUUCACUCUGCUGCCGUGAUUCUGGAAAGAGCAGGCCUUGUGAAGUAUGACAAGAAGACAGGUCGUAUGCAAUCCACGGAGCUUGGUCGUAUCGCCUCCCACUACUACAUCGGCCACAACUCCAUGUUGACCUACUCUCAGCACCUUCAACCUAACAUCACCACGAUCGAGCUGUUCCGAAUCUUCGCUCUUAGCGAUGAAUUCAAGUACAUCCCGGUCCGUCAAGAUGAGAAGCUGGAGCUUGCGAAGCUACUUGGUCGUGUGCCUGUCCCUGUCAAGGAAGGGAUCGACGAGCCUCAUUCCAAGAUCAAUGUCUUGCUCCAAGCUUACAUCUCUCGCCUCAAGCUGGAAGGACUUGCCCUGAUGGCAGAUAUGGUUUAUGUUACCCAAUCAGCUGGUCGUAUUCUGCGCGCUAUUUUCGAAAUCUCAUUGAAGAAGGGAUGGUCAUCUGUGGCUAAGACUGCUCUCAACCUGUGCAAGAUGGCCGAGCGGCGCAUGUGGCCCACUAUGACACCCCUCCGUCAGUUCCCGUCCUGCCCAAGAGACAUCCUGCAGAAGGCGGAGAGAAUCGACGUCCCUUGGGGUAGCUACUUCGACCUUGAUCCUCCUCGCAUGGGUGAGCUCCUAGGUAUGCCCAAGGCUGGACGUGUUGUCUGCGAUCUUGUCUCCAAGUUCCCUCGUCUGGAGGUUCAGGCCCAGGUUCAACCCGUCACUCGCUCCAUGCUACGGGUCGAGCUGACGAUCACUCCUAACUUCGUUUGGGACGAGACACUACAUGGCUCUGCUCAAGACUUCUGGAUUCUGGUGGAGGAUUGCGAUGGCGAGGAGAUCUUAUUCCACGACCAGUUCCUUCUGCGGAAAGACCACGCACAAUCGGAGAUGAACGAGCAUCUCGUCGAGUUCACUGUCCCCAUCUCCGAGCCUAUGCCUCCGAACUACUUCAUUUCGCUGGUAUCUGAUCGCUGGAUGCACUCGGAAACCAAGAUUGCCGUCUCCUUCCAAAAACUGAUCCUUCCUGAACGUUUCCCGCCCCACACUCCUCUUUUGGAUAUGCAAAGGGCACCAGUGAAGGCAUUGAAGCGCGAAGAUUUCCAGCAGCUGUACCCCGACUGGCAGUUCUUCAACAAGAUCCAGACGCAAACUUUCAAGUCUCUCUUUGACACAGAUGACAACGUGUUUGUUGGUGCUCCCACUGGUAGCGGAAAGACUGUGUGUGCCGAGCUUGCCUUGUUGCGUCACUUGUCCCAGCAGGAUAGCGGCCGUGCUGUGUACCUUGCUCCAUUCCAAGAGCUCGUUGACCAGCGUCUGGCGGACUGGCAGAAGCGACUGAGCCAGCUUUCCGGUGGCAAGAACAUCGUCAAGCUUACUGGCGAAACCACCGCCGAUCUCAGACUUCUGGAACGAGCCGAUCUCGUUCUUGCCACACCAAGUCAAUGGGAUGUCUUGUCCCGGCAAUGGCGGAAGCGCAAGAACGUCCGGACGGUGCAACUCUUCAUCGCCGAUGAGCUGCACAUGCUCGGAGGCUAUGGCGGAUACGUGUAUGAAGUGGUUGUUUCGCGCAUGCACUCCAUGGCUCUGGAGAUCGAGAAUGGCAUGCGCAUCAUCGGCUUGAGUGUGCCUCUUGCGAACGCUCGUGACAUCGGCGAGUGGAUUGGCGCCAAUAAACACACGAUCUACAACUUCAGCCCUCACGCCAGACCAGUGCCAUUGGAGCUCCACAUUCAAUCGUUCACCAUUCCGCACUUCCCUUCGCUCAUGCUCGCCAUGGCCAGACCAGCAUACCACUCCAUCCUGCAGUUGUCUGCUGAUAAGCCGGCCAUCGUCUUCGUGCCUAGCCGUAAGCAAACCCGUGCUACUGCCAUGGACCUGUUGGCUGCUUGUGCCACGGAUGACGAUGAGGACCGGUUCCUCAACGCAGAUGUGAACGAGCUUGCUCCUCUUCUUGGUCGAAUUCAAGAACAGACGUUGGCUGAGUCUCUUUCCCACGGCAUCGGUUAUUACCAUGAGGCUUUGAGUGCUACUGAUAAGCGCAUCGUGUCUCACCUGUUCUCCAUUGGCGCUAUUCAGGUUCUCCUCGCUUCCCGUGAUGUUUGCUGGGAGCUCGACCUGACGGCACAUCUGGUGAUUGUCAUGGGCACUCAAUUCUUCGAGGGCCGUGAGCACCGCUACAUUGACUACCCAAUCAGUGAGAUCCUUCAGAUGUUCGGCAAGGCUUCUCGUCCCGGCGAUGACAAGCUUGGCCGUGGUGUGCUCAUGGUGCCUGCCGUCAAGCGCGAUUAUUACAAGAAGUUCUUGAACGAGGCGUUGCCUGUCGAGAGUCACUUGCAGGCUUACUUGCAUGAUGCGUUUGUCACCGAGGUUAGCACGAGAACGAUUACCUCGACCCAAGACGCCAUUGACUGGAUGACGCACACCUACUUCUACCGCCGCUUGCUGGCUAACCCGAGCUUCUACGGUCUGACCGAUGUCAGCCACGAGGGUCUUAGUACAUUCCUCUCUGAGCUGCUCGAAAACACCCUGAAGGAAUUGUCGGACGCCAAGAUCGUGGAUCUGGAUGAGGAAGAGGACAGCGUCGCUCCUCUGAACGCCGCCAUGAUUGCCUCCUACUACAACAUUUCCUUUAUCACAAUGCAGACCUUCCUCCUCUCUUUGUCGGCGCGUACCAAGCUCAAGGGCAUUUUGGAGAUCAUCACUUCCGCCACGGAGUUUGAAAACAUCCAGAUGCGUCGCCACGAGGAGCACAUUCUUCGCCGCGUGUAUGAUCGUGUACCGGUUAAGAUGGCUGAGACCUCGUACGACUCGCCCCACUUCAAGGCAUUUGUGCUGCUGCAGGCUCAUUUCUCGCGCAUGCAACUGCCCAUUGAUCUUGCCAAGGAUCAGGAAGUUAUUGUCAGCAAGGUGCUCAACCUCCUGAGUGCGUGUGUGGACGUCCUCUCCUCGGAGGGACAUUUGAACGCGAUGAAUGCGAUGGAGAUGUCACAGAUGGUAGUCCAGGCCAUGUGGGACCGGGAUAGUCCACUGAAGCAGAUUCCUCACUUCGGCCCCGAGGCUAUCAAGGUGGCGAAUGAGUAUAACAUCAACGACAUCUUCGAGUUCAUGGAAGCCAUGGAUCCCUCGGAGAACAAGGACUACGCGACAUUGAUCAAGCGUCUUGGUCUGGACAACAAGCAGCUGGCCCAAGCUGCCGCGUUCACGAACGAGAAAUAUCCCAACUUGGAGCUUGACUUUGAGGUUGAGGAUCCCGAGAACAUCACUUCGGGCGAGCCGGCCUAUCUCAAGAUCAAGAUCGAGCGAGAGGUGGAGGAGGACGAAGAGCCGGAUACGACCGUGCACGCACCAUUCUACCCUAGCAAGAAGAUGGAGAAUUGGUGGUUGGUCGUCGGCGAUGAGAAGACCAAGAAUUUGCUCGCGAUUAAGCGGGUCACUAUCGGCCGGAAGCUGGAUCUGCGUCUGGAGUACAUCGUUCCCACGCCGGGAGAGCAUGAGCUGACGUUGUACCUGAUGAGCGACAGCUAUCUAUCUAUCUAUCUUAUCUAUCAGGCCCUUGCCGGUCGCAGUGUCAUGACCAUCCGAUCCAUGAAAUUCACUCCAGAAGUUCUCCUGGGAGCUCCUCGGCGCUCUGGCCCUGUGCCGAAUGCCUCAGGCACCCUUGCGGUGUACACCCAGACCUCCUAUUCGUUCGAAUCCCACUCCAAAACCAACGAGAUCCGAGUCUUGGACAUCGAGAGCGGCAGGUCGGCUCUAAUCACCAACGAUGCCGGCGCCAGCUGUCCCCAGUGGCUAGGCGACAGCAAUCAGCUCGUCUGGUUGAAGGCCAAGGCGAACGGCAACACGAGCUUCAUCAUCGGUGAUGCGCGCGAGGCAGACAAGACCUACACCGCGGGCACGGUUCCUGGCCCAGUCUCGGACCUCAAGGUCACCGUUGUCGAGCCGGGGAGGAUUGGCUUUGCGGUCACCGGCAAGGCCAACACGGACGGCACCUUAUACAACCCGCACGACGCGAAGAAGCCGACCAGCACCGGGCGCCUUUAUACUUCGCUGUUCGUGAGGCACUGGGACUCGUAUGUUGAGCCCCAGAAGAACGCCAUCUGGUAUGGUCUGCUCCAGCAGGCACCCCUGUCUCCGCCUACUCGGCAGGCGGGGAAGUACGCUGUCUCGGGGCUCACCAACUUGAUUCAAGUGUGUGGCUUGACGGGGGUCGAGUCGCCGAUUCCCCCGUUUGGGGGCACGGGCGACUUUGACAUCAGUCCGGAGGCUAUUGUGUUCGUGGCCAAGGAUCCGAGCUUGAACCCCGCCACGCACACGUCCUGCUCAUGCUACUAUUGUCCGAUGUUCUCCUGGACAAGUGUGACUGCCAUGGAGACUCGAGUGUGCGCUGUGAAGGGCCUCGAAGGAGCCAUGUCUUCCCCAGUGCUGACGUCGGAUGGUAGCUCCAUCGCGCUCCUGGCGAUGCGUGAGGACGGCUAUGAGUCGGAUAAGAGACGUAUCCUCUAUGUGCCUAACCCGUGGAGUGGUGAGAUGAUCGAGAUCUUUGCAUCGCCGGAUGGAGAAGGCGCCUGGCCUCUUAGUCCAUCCGGGUUGACAUUUGCACAUGACGACAAGUCGUUGUUCAUUCAGGUCGAGGAGACCGGACGAGGAGUGCUUUAUCAGUUACCCUUAGAGAAUGUCCGCCACUCUACUCCUGAUGUGCUGAAGAAGCUGACACACUCGGGAUUUGUGACGGAGGUGUAUCCCGCAGCAGCCAACUCUGGUAAACUACUCAUCGCUAGCAGCAGUCUUGUGGACAACAGCAAGUGGUCGAUCAUAGAUCCUGAAUCGCCGAAGGACGUCCGUGUGAUAUCCUCUAUCGGACGCGAUGGUGCUUCUUUCGGGCUCUCGCCCACGCAGGUGGAUGAAAUCUGGUACCGUGGCGCCAACGACACACCCGUCCAUGCGUGGGUGGUGAAGCCGUCCGACUUCAAGCCCGGGGAGAAGUAUCCGCUGGCAUAUCUGAUCCAUGGAGGUCCCCAGAGCGCAUGGUGCGAGCAAUGGAGCACUCGAUGGAACCCGGCGAUCUUUGCCGAGCAGGGCUAUGUUGUCGUCACACCUAAUCCUCGCGGCAGCACCAGCUACGGGCAGAGAUUCACGGACGAGAUUCGUAAUGCCUGGGGCUCGCUACCCUACGUCGACCUUGAAAAGGGGUUUGACUACAUUGCCGAGAAUCUGGACUAUGUUGAUACCUCGCGAGCGGUGGCUCUUGGCGCCUCUUAUGGCGGGUACAUGGUCAACUGGAUCCAGGGCCACCCAUUGGGUCGGCGGUUCAAGGCGCUUGUGACUCACGAUGGAGUGUUCAGCAUGAACUCGAUGCUCGCCAGUGAAGAGCUCUACUUCCCGCUGCGGGACCUCAAGGGUCCGUUGUGGAAGGUACCCGAGAAUUGGGAGCGCUGGGAUCCCUCUCGUCAUACCGCCAACUGGCAGACACCGCACUUGAUCAUCCACAACGAGCUGGACUACCGGUUGACCAUCGCCGAGGGCCUGGCUGCAUUCAAUGUCUUGCAACUGCAGGGGGUAGAUAGCGCCUUCUUGACCUUCCCGGAUGAGAAUCACUGGGUGCUCAACCCGGAGAACUCACUCAUGUGGCAUUACACCGUUCUGAACUGGAUCAACAAGUACACGGGCCUCCCGGCGGCCUCCAGCAAGUAUGCCGAGUUCAGCGCGACGAAGGCCCCGUCGAUGGAGAAGCGGCUGGAGACUGUGUCAUUGUGA